AUGGCCGAUCAAAUCCUCGAUCAGGUUCGCGACAUGGCGGAAGGCCAGAUCGACUUUGAGGGCCAGAAGCUGGCAGAUCUCCUAGCGACUCUACUUCUCUCGGCAUCUGGAGUUCUUGCCUUCAUCAUUGGAUACAUCCUCCAGGACAUCAAGCUCGCAGUCUACAUUGGCUUGGGCGGAACCGUCCUCACAUUUCUCCUUGUCGUGCCUCCUUGGCCCUUCUUCAAACAACAUCCGGUCAAGUGGAUAGAGCCUGGAUCCGGGUCCGGGUCCGGAUCCGGGACACGGAAUGUUGCUCUAAUAGAGAAGUCUGGAUAG